AAACUACGGAAGUACGGCUUCCAAACAGAUUCCCGUUGGAAGAGUGAAAUACAGCAGAUCGCCUUCAUUUUUAAUCAAAUCUAAUUAAAUCUUGGACUAACCGCUCCCCAAUAGGACGAUGGGCACCAGAGAUGACGAAUAUGAUUAUUUGUUCAAAGUGGUCCUUAUCGGUGACUCGGGCGUGGGGAAGAGUAACCUGCUGUCCCGUUUCACCCGCAACGAGUUCAACCUGGAGAGUAAGAGCACCAUCGGAGUGGAGUUCGCCACGCGCAGCAUCCAGGUGGACGGCAAGACGGUGAAGGCUCAGAUCUGGGACACGGCCGGCCAGGAGCGCUACCGAGCCAUCACAUCAGCGUACUACCGCGGGGCGGUGGGCGCGCUCCUGGUCUACGACAUCGCCAAGCAUCUAACUUAUGAAAACGUGGAGCGCUGGCUGAAGGAGCUGAGAGAUCACGCCGACAGCAACAUCGUCAUCAUGCUGGUGGGCAACAAGAGCGACCUGCGCCACCUCCGGGCCGUCCCCACCGACGAGGCACGGGCCUUCGCUGAGAAGAAUGGGUUAUCUUUUCUGGAGACGUCGGCUCUGGACUCCACCAACGUUGAGACGGCCUUCCAGACCAUCCUGACAGAGAUCUACCGUAUCGUGUCUCAGAAGCAGAUGUCGGAGCGUCAGGAGAGCGACAUGUCGCCCAGCAACAACGUGGUCAACAUCCAGGUGCAGCCCACUGAGAACAAACCAAAGAUGCAGUGCUGUCAGAACAUCUAGCCCCGCCCCGGAUCUGCUGCUACCCCCCCCCGCUCCUCCUUUCCCCCCCUCCCUCCCCACUCUCCCCCCUCCCUCCCCCCCAGCUCCCAGCUGCCCCGGCUCACAGUUCCUCAGACCCCGCCCUCAGAAAAUAGACUGCCUCAGCGUACUGUGGCGUGUGGGAGGGACGAGCCACAGCUCCGACCCCCGCACCCACCUGUACCUGCUCCCCCACUCCCCCCCGCCCCCCCCUCCCCCCCUCCCCAGGUAAAUAUAUCCCAGUAUAAGACGUCACCGCGUGGGGGGCGACCCCCCCAAGCAGAGCCCCUCUGUUGUUAGGCUACUGCAGGACAGCAGGCAGCAGGCAUUUCAUAUCACUUUAGAUUUCAUUACUGUAGAUGCGCUGACAUGUCACGAAAAUGUCUUAAUAUAUGAAUGUGAUUCUGUUUCUUCAUACUUUGUGCUCCUGUUGAUUUCUCCACUUUUUUUAAUGAUCUUUCUCUGUCUUGUAUCAUAUAUCUACUAUAUGAAUUUAAAGCACAUCGAAGUUGCUCUGAAGUGUAUUCCCAUAUACAAGCUGUCAUUUUAGGCUCCUCCCCCCUCCUCUUUAGUGCAAUGUACUGUUUUGGAAACCACGUGGAUGUACGGAGCGCGGUGUAGACGUGUGUGCUCCGGUAGUGUCAUGCUAUUUGAUCUGAUUGCUGUGAAUAUAGAGAAAAAAAAGAAACUUUUGCAUUUUGCCGAGCUUCAGUUUAGCGCAGCGGAGCGAGCGAGAGUGAUGAGCUUGCAUGCGGCGCGUUUGUCGUCGGCGUGUUUCGUGGCAGCGUCGGGCCAGCUUUGCAUGUCGUUAAAAAGAGAGAAAACUCUGCUGUGCUGCAUGUUUAUCAGGCGGAGAUGUGGAACACUAGCGCUGCCUGGAGGGCGUCACUGAACUCUGUAUUUUCAUGUUGUCCUGCUUUACGUGUCGGCUUCACACGGAGACAGAGCGUCACACUGAGAAGGAUUUUCUGACUGAAGACACAUUAUUAACCCAUCAGGCUUCUUCUGCUCCGACAUUAGGAAACCAGACCGCGUUCAUCUUCGACUACAACUAUGCAGAAACUAGCACAUGGCUGUUUGGAUUUUUUUUUUGUUUCUUAUCACACUUCUAUAGCAAAAUGAAGGAAAAAAACAGCAGAAGUAACUGAUACUGUAGUAUAUGACAUUCUUAUUAUACUCAAUAUUAUUAUUAUCUUAAAUCUCCCGUCGUCUCGCAAAUUCUGCUUUGCAUGUGAGCACAGAGCUGUAGAGUCAGGACGCACCGAGAGAGGAGAAGAAGGAAAACGUCGGAUUUCAUGAGUCACAACCUUGCACUGAGUAGUUAGAUUUUACUGCACAUGGAGAAUCUGGACCUCUCGUCAGAUUUUAUGCACCGUUUCUUUAAAGACGGUGCCAAAAAAAAAAUUAUGUUUCAGCACUGCAAAGUCUCACAAGUCUUUCCUCGAUGAACACUUUAGGGAUUCAGCCACAUUCUUGCCAAUUUCUGGUCACAGUGCCUCCUCCUCCACCGUCUCAUCCCCCGCUGACAUCACACCCUGUCCCCCCCCCCCCCCGCGCUGUCCGUCUGUCCCCUCGGAGACAGGCGGCCGCGUCGUCCCCGUCACAUCAAGCCUAACGUACACCGAGCUGCCUCUGACUUCAACACAAUGCAUGGCUUUCUGUUACGACUGCAGCCGCGUGUGUCGUACCGCCUUAUGUGGCUAACAUUGUCAUAAAACUGUCCGUGAAAUCUGCUGAGGGUCGGCCGUGGCGUGGCGAGCUGCAGCAGGUCGAUGGCGAGCUGCAGCAGGACGAUGGCGAGCUGCAGCAGGACGAUGGCGAGCUGCAGCAGGACGAUGGCGAGCUGCAGCAGGACGAUGGCGAGCUGCAGCAGGGUGGCGUGCGUAACGUGUCGCGCGCUGACAGCUGCCUCGCUACUCGCUAAGAAACUCCCCGAGUGUGUGUUCCGUCGAGUCCCCGGGUUCUCGCUGUGCCGGUGCGUGAUGGUGUUAGUGGACAUAUACAAUGCCUGAACUCGGUGUGUGUGUGUGCGUGUGUGUGUGAGAGUGUGUGUGUAGAGGCAGAGGGUAGAUAGGAGCUAGAGAGUGUGUGAGCCCGGCUGGCAGUGCCAAUGGCGUUUCCUCUUUCCGAACAGACGGCGCCGCCAGCCGAGCCGCUCCAGACUCUCUCAGCUGGCAAAUCUGUGGACGAAGUGAUUCCUUUUUAUUUUUCUUCUUCUUAAAAUAUGAUUUCUGAUCCUGUUUCAUGUACCUCCAUUGUUGUUGUUUUUUUAAAGACGUGUUUUGAUUUUUUUUUUUUUUUUUACUAUAUUGAAUUCUAUAACUGACUGUAAUUCCAGUGUAAACGUGUUCAGAGUGAAAUGAUGUCAUUUCAAUGAAAUUGGAGGGUUAAAUGUGAGAGGGGGGUCAAAAUGAAUGGUUUUAUGUUUUGUACAGAUUGAUAAAUUGUACAAUUGUGUCUAUAUCUUAAGUUAUCAGUUCAUCUUAAUAAAGCGCACCAGUCAUAAACCUUUA